AUGGAUGAAAAUAAUCAAAUAAAUGUUGCAACACAUAACACUGAAGGUCCUGCUAAGAGCGGAAGAAAACUUACAAUUAACAAUCAACUUUGCAAGAGAAGAGCAAAAGGAAAGCAUAUUGAUAUAAAGUUCCCUAAAGAAUUUGCAAAAGUUAUCAUUGCAUUUAGUGGCUGGUUAUUACAAUAUAUCUUUGUUGCACAGCAAAAGUUUCCUGAGCUUUCAGAAGAAGAUAAAGAUUGUGCCAUGAGACAAGUAGAGAGUCAAUAUAAUAAUUGGCGUUACUGUCUACUUCAAACUUACCGAAACAAGCCAAGGCCACAACAUGUCUCACCAGAAGGUUGGCAAUGGUUGAUAAGGAAUUUGUGGACGGAUGAUGAUUUUCAGAAAAGGAGCAACCAAAACUCUAUCAAUAGAGGAAAGCAAGAGAUGGGGUCCAAAGUAGGAACUAGAUCAAUUGCUCAAAUCGCUUACGAUCUGCGAGAUCCAGAAACUGGUGAAUGGCCUACUGCUAUGCAAGUUUGGAGGGCUACAUAUCAGAAGGUUGAUGGGACAUGGCCCAUUCCAACGGGUGAAGAAAUAAUAACCAAACUACAUGAAGGUGCUGGGAUACAUCAAGAAAAGAUUUCUUCUACGCCCGUGCCAAUAGUUGAGGCACUUCGCACUAGUUCUUGGUCGAAAGCCAAACAUUCAUGUGGUGUUGGCAUUCAUGCUGUAAACCGAGUGGUUGAGGAAAGAAUCAAAUUGCAGGAGCAAAUUGAGGCUUCUGAACAGCGUGAAGCUGCAGCUCGAGCACGUGCAGAUGCUGCUGAGCAACGAGCACGAGCUUUGGAAGGCCAAGUUUCCAUGAUGGUCAAAACAAAUGCACAACUACAAGAAGAGCAGCAAUCCCAAUGUGAUGAGCUGAGUUCUUUGCGUGAAGCACAGAGUGGAGAAGUUGCUCGCCUAGUGAGAGAACAACUUGAUCAUCAAAUGGCUGAAUUAAUUGCACGCAUUGGUGUCAAGAGAGUUAUUUUGAGGUUUGAGUGUUCUUAG